UCGAUACCUCGACAAAUACAAGUACAGUAUUGAGAAAAAAAUAUUUUGCGAAAAAUAAAGUUAAGAAGUUCUUAAAAGAGUACAUUUUUGCAAUAAAACUGACAUUUGGCUCUAACUGACCAUCCCAGCCAAAUCAGAAAGCAAGGAAACCCCUUUUUAUGAAAAUCGUCGACGCUGUUGAGGCCGAAACUACUUGUGCGCGGUGCGUGUGGUUUUUGUGCUGCGAUGCGAUUUUGCCACCAAUUGUUAUUACGUGACCUUAAGAACGCCGCACAUUUAUUGUAAUUCCUCUCCGUUCUUCCAUGCGGCUCGGAGAAUACGAUUUGCCCUAGGCGGACAACAGUGUUUUCAAGUGGCCGCCAUGCCAUUGGCAUUACAUGAGUUCGAGUGCGACGCUAAAAUCGAAAUACACGGAAGCAAGGGCCAUCGCCUGAGAUGUUAACGGGCUUGCCGGCGGCGGGAAUCAGCAAGUGCAUCAAUUAGGACACCCAAGCGCAGCCAAGGUAGCCAUGUCGGGCGGACGCGAUAGCACCGCCAGCAAUUCCGCCUCGGCUGGAACAAGUGCCCCAGCUUCAGCUUCGUCUUCGGUCACCACCACCUCGCCCGCGUCCGCGCAACGACAACGGGGACGUCCUCCUAAGCGAGCCAGCUGCACAUGGUGUGGCGAGGGCAAGCUGCCGCUGCAAUACGUCCUACCGACGCAGACUGGCAAGAAGGAGUUUUGCUCAGAGACGUGCAUCGCCGAGUUCCGCAAGGCGUACAGCAAAGGGGCGUGUACGCAGUGCGACAACGUGAUUCGAGACAAGGCGCCCAACAAGGAGUUCUGCUCGGUCAUGUGCAUGAAUAAACACCAAAAGAAGAACUCCUCCACCAGGCACAGUGGCGGCUCGGCAACCAGCAAAAGUCUGCCGGAAAACGAGCGCAAGUUACUAGCCAGCGGAGCUCCGGCGCCCACGGGUCCCUUUCAAUACGAGAGCUUUCACGUGUUUGACUGGGAUGCCUACCUGGAGGAAACGGGUAGCGAAGCUGCUCCUGCAGAAUGUUUCAAACAGGCUCAGAAUCCCCCCAACAAUGACUUCAAGAUCGGUAUGAAGCUGGAGGCCCUGGAUCCACGUAACGUUACUUCCACCUGCAUCGCCACAGUGGUUGGUGUGCUGGGCUCCCGGUUGCGUCUGCGAUUGGACGGAAGCGACUCACAAAACGACUUCUGGCGGCUGGUAGACUCAACGGAAAUCCAUGCUAUUGGCCACUGCGAGAAGAAUGGUGGGAUGUUGCAGCCGCCGUUGGGAUUCCGCAUGAACGCCUCCAGUUGGCCCGGCUACCUUUGCAAGAUUUUGAACAAUGCAAUGGUGGCGCCGGAAGAGAUAUUUCAGCCAGAGCCGCUGUCGCCGGAGGAGAACCUGUUCAAGGUGGGUCAGAAGCUAGAAGCAGUCGACAAAAAGAAUCCGCAGCUCAUCUGCUGUGCCACCGUGGACGCCAUCAAGGACGACCAGAUCCACGUAACCUUCGACGGUUGGCGGGGCGCCUUCGACUACUGGUGCAAUUACCGCUCGCGAGACAUCUUUCCGGCCGGCUGGUGUGCACGUAGUUGCCACCCAAUGCAGCCGCCGGGGCACAAGUCACGCAUGGAAUCCAGCAACAGCAAACAGCGAUGCACGCGUCCGCGCUAUACCUUGGUAGCCGAGUCCGAGGCCAUGGUACCCGCCUCGCCCGCCACCGCCCACUUCCAUCCUAAUUGCAAGGGCGGUCCGUUUAUCAACAAUUCCAAACUACCAUGCAUGGUAACUGGACCAACGUACCAAACGCUGGCCAAGCUCUGCCUUCAGGAGGUUCUGGCCGCCAGCACGGAUACACAGCAGCUAUCGAAGCUGCUUUUUGCCUUGGAAGGAGACGUUCACAUUGUGACCGCAGCGGGAAAGAAUUUUACAGUGAAAAUACCAUCGCCCUUGCGCAUGAAAGAUGACGAGAGCCUGGCCCAGUUCAUAGAGACAUUGUGCACUACAUGCCGGGCAUGUGCGAAUCUCAUCUCGCUUGUCCACGAGACGGAGGAGUGCAAGAAAUGCGCCAACAGCCGCAAACGCCAGCUGGCCCAAUCGGCAACACCGCCCACUUCGCCAGUACUCGCCGACAAGCGAAAUCGUCAAUCCAAUUCGGCAACGACUAUGCCCUCAGAGAAGGCGAUUGUCAAGGUAGAGGCGGGAAUUAAAUUGCCCGAGGAGAGUAAGCCCAAGGCAUCGACGAACAAUAGCAAGGACGCAGCAAACCAUCAGAACAGUCACAGUUACAACAACAACAAUAAUACGAACAGUGGCAACAAGACCAACACAAAGGUGGUCAUAAAGACCGAACCAAAUGGAUUAACAGCAGUCCCAUCAUCCUCCACAACGCAGGCUCUGCGCAAAGUGCGCUUCCAACACCACGGGAACAGCAAUACGAUUGUGGCUAAUGGAAGUGCAGACGCAAGCCAGACUCCCUCGGUUUCCACCAGCCAUUGCAGCAGUUCGUCAACUUCGUCCAGCUCAAGCCUGGCAGGCGGAACGGCUAAUACCAGCUCUAUUGGGAAAUACCUGGCACCCCUCGUGGCCGAAGUGCAUCCGGAGCAGGUCACCGUUAAGCCCUCAAGCAACAGCUAUUACAAGAGCCCGACGACGCUCUCGUCGAGUGCCUCGUUACCAACCUCUGUAUCAACGCCAUUUACGGGCUGCCAGUCAGCCUCGUCCACUGCACUGGCUGCAGGCGGAGUGACGGCAGCUAAGGCGGCUACCGCGCCGGCCGGGGCAGCUGCAGCUGCAUCCACGAGCUAUACAGCGAUUACCUCACCCCUGAGCACACCCACGCCGGCAUCAGCGAACUCACAAAUGCGGGCGCAGCCCAUCGACUGGUCCAUCGAAGAAGUUAUCCAGUACAUAGAGAGUAACGACAUCACCCUUGCAGUGCACGGUGACCUCUUCAGAAAGCAUGAAAUCGAUGGAAAAGCUUUAUUAUUACUAAAUUCAGAGAUGAUGAUGAAGUACAUGGGCCUGAAGCUAGGACCAGCCUUAAAAAUCUGCAAUUUAGUCAAUAAGGUCAACGGUCGUCGAAAUAAUUUGGCGCUUUAAACGGUACCACAAGUUACAAGAACAGAACUUGUUUUACAUAGAAGUUGUUAACAAUCUAGUACCUCUCCCUAACGUAAAAGCAAACAUAAACAUGAACGAAAUGUAUUCAUAUAGAUAUUUUGUGUUGGCCAUUCAAGAAGAAAAAGUACACUCACGCUCUUUUUAUAUCAAUAUUAUAAAUGAAACAGACGCGCAAAUCGAAACGCAACGCAAAUUCACGAUGUAAACAACCAUUUAAAACAGUCACAUUAACAAAUUAUAGACUACCAUGAAGCCGGUUUUCAAAGAAUCGUAACAGAUUUCCUUUUUCACUUUUAGUAUUGGAUGAAACACGCCUUAGAAGUAGGUACCUUAUACAUGUAUAAAUAUUUACUUUACCUUGUAAGAAGAGCACCCUUCCAUUAUAAUUAUUUCGAAUUAAGUUGAGACUCUUUGCUCGAAUUAAGUUUAAAAAUUUAUUUCCACAUUACCCAGUUAAAAAACGUACGUACGUACGUAUCGUAUAUGUAUACAUAUAUAUUUAUCAUUUUAACAAUCCAAAUCAUUCAUCGAUUCAUUUCCUUUUUUUGAAAACCGGAGCUUGGCUACCAAAACACAAUGCUGCACAUACAUGAUAUUUAUUACACACAAACACGCCCAUUUAGGCACAAAACCUAUCCAACGCAUAACAAAUGAUAUUUAACAUUAGAAUAUAGACCACAAAAUAGCAAACAAAACAAAUACAUACAUAUAUAGGGUAAGUGUACAUAUUUUACAUAUAAUUUUGUAAUUAUGUAUCUAUUGCGUUUUCUAACUAUAAUAACAAUAUAUAACACCGGCCGAAUGUAUAAUUUUGCAACUAAGUUACAAAAAUGGAGUAUCAAUUUUUAGUCCUUAGAUAAAUAUACGCAGCAGACUUAAGUAACUUCGUAACAUAAGAAACGCUUCCUUUCAAAGUUUUGCAAUAUAAUUAUGCGAUAUAAAGAUUCGAUCGUGUAAAAAUAUUGCAUUGUCUCAUUAUGUUUACCAGCAACCACUUACAAAUACAAGACACGAACUGUAUAUACCAUUACGUAAUAAAUACAUUACAUUUGUUCUAUUUUCAACCGUAA